CUAACAUCAUGCCACCCUAAGUUAAUGUAUCCUUCUACAACUACAUUAAAACACCUCAUUGACUCAAAUCUUUGAUGACGAACCGUGCAAGUUAAAGAAGUCUGUCAAGAACGUUUGAUGCAUUCAAAAUGCCAACCUUAGAAAAUGGGAACAAUCAAUCAAAUCCGGAGACAAAAACAAACUAUGACCCUCACUUAUUACCUGAUUUCGACAAGGAUUUCAUAAGUUCCCAAGAUCUAGAGAGCUUUGCAAAGGCUCUAACGGCCCCUACGACUGUCCCAGUCACCGCCUUGAACGACUGGAAGCCGAUUCACCAGCGGAUCAAGCGUGCUCGUGUUCGGCGCAAGCCACCUCAACGAUCCAAAGACGAAACCAGGGAGGGCUUUGUUUAUAGCAUUCUUUACUACCCCUUGCUGUUUCUCGUAUGUGGUUGGAUUGUCUUCCUUUUCAUCAUUUACAACCUCACUCGUUUCUACAUCUACCUCUACGAACACGUCUACACCUGGAGGGGCCGCCGCGAGACUCAUCGUCGUCGACUGCAAAACGCCAACACCUACCAAGAGUGGCUGACCGCCGCUCAUGAUCUUGAUGAAUACCUCGGCAACAAUGAGUGGAAGGAAUCCGACACCUACAGCUACUACAACAAUCACACCGUCGAGAGAGUGACGUCACAGCUGGUCGAGCUUCACAACAGAGCCCAGCAAGAACAUGAAAAUGGCAGAGAUGGAGUAGGUGGCCUCCCAGCGUUGGACGAGCUCAGACUGCUCCUUGAGAGUUGCAUCAAGAAUAAUUUUGUCGGGAUCGAAAACCCUCGACUCUAUAGCGAAACCUAUAUCGGAACAAAGCGGCUGAUACAGUCAUUUGUCGAUCAAGUCGAAAGCAGCCUCAAGCUCGUCCUAGACAGUGAUCGCAUCUCAGAAAGCGACAAGACCGGUUUCUUUCGGCAUCUUGAUCUCAACUAUGGGCGGUCUGCAUUACUUCUUUCCGGCGGUGCCAGUUUCGCUUAUUACCACUUUGGCGUCAUCAAAGCCUUGCUUGACGCAGGCGAGCUUCCAGAAAUCAUCACUGGAACCUCAGGAGGUGCCCUGGUGGCUGCUCUAGUGGCCACCCGGACUGAUGAAGAGCUCAAACAGCUUCUAAUUCCUGCCCUUGCCUACCGCAUUCGUGCGUGUCAUGAGGGCUUUACGACAUGGGUGAGGAGGUGGUGGAGGACAGGUGCCCGUUUCGACUCGCUUGAUUGGGCAAAGCAGUGCUCUUGGUUCUGCUAUGGCUCACUUACCUUUCGAGAGGCCUUUCAGCGAACUGGUCGGAUCCUGAAUGUCACCUGUGUGCCCUCGGAUCCCCACUCUCCGACGCUCCUUAAUAAUCACAUCACGAGUCCUGACUGUGUCAUCUGGUCGGCUGUCUUAGCAUCAGCCGCAGUCCCGGGCAUAUUGAAUCCAAUAGUCCUCAUGAGGAAGACCAAAGACGGUCAGCUGGUCCCAUACUCCUUUGGCAACAAGUGGAAAGAUGGAAGCUUGAGAACAGACAUACCCCUCAAGGCGCUCAACAUUCACUUCAACGUCAACUUCUCUAUCGUAUCUCAAGUCAAUCCCCACAUAAACCUAUUUUUUUUCUCCCCGAGAGGAUCACCUGGUCGACCAGUCACUCAUCGCAAAGGCCGAGGAUGGCGUGGCGGCUUCCUUGGCUCGACGAUAGAAACGUCCGUCAAGCUGGACUUGCAGAAGUAUCUGAAAAUCCUCCGACACCUCGAGCUGUUGCCCAGGCUGAUGGGCCAAGAUUGGAGCGAGAUCUGGCUUCAAAGAUUCUCCGGUACUGUAACCAUUUGGCCAAAAACCAUCAUCAGCGACUUUUGGAACAUUUUGAGCGAUCCUAGCCCUCAAACACUAGACAGAAUGCUCAAGGUCGGGGAGCGGAGUUGUUGGCCCAAGAUCCGUUUCAUUUCCAACCGGAUGAAAGUCGAACGGGUCAUCCUCGAAGGUUUGCGGCGGGCUGGUGUCGCUGACGAGGGACACCGCUUUAUCAAUCCGGCCCAUGAACAGCAGGCACAGGAAGCAUUACUCCGUGCGAGAAGGCAGACCAACAAUAGCGUUUCCUCCACCGAUGAAGAAGGCGUCGAAAUUCUUGCACCAUCGCCUCGACGGCCCAGCACCAUUCUCGAAGAGCUCAGCCGUCAAGCAUCGGUGCUAUGGAAUUCUGACAGCGAAGGGGAAGAUGACGAUGGCACGAGUGUAACGGAUGAUGAGAAUCUCAGGGCUUCAGCCAGAAAACACGACCAGUGAGUGAAAUAGAGUCAGGUUUCCCUCGACGUUUCAACCAAGACAAGUUUCAAGACUUCAGCGAAAAGUUCGAACGCUCAUCGAUGAUGACAUUGUAUUAAAUUCGUAUCAAUAGCCUAGCGUUAAAUUGAAGAUUAUUGUUCAAGA